GUUAAGCAAACUUAUCAGUUUUCCUACGAUUUUUUCACAUAUAACGUGAAACUAUAACAAUUUUUUGCCCUAUAAUUAGCAAGCACUAAAUCUACAUUAAAAUACUUAUGUAAUGAUAUAUUAAAAGUUAAACUCUGUGUCAUCUUGUAAGUCAUGGAUAUUGUGGUGUCUGAAACUAUCGUGGUUGGUGUAGUGUCUUUCGACUAUGGCUUUUUACAAUGCCGGUAAUAACAAUACAAACAAAUUAAGUGACUCUGCAGAUGAAUCAUAUGUUGUGGAUAACUUAUCAGUUAUUCCAUUAGAAAAGGAUAGCUUUGCAAUAUGUGAACAGUGUGGACAUGUUGGAAGGCGGUCUCAGUUUUACUUGCGCAAUAAUAAAGUUUGCUCACUGAGCUGUCACUCAAGAAGACGCUACUGUAAUUGGAGGUUUAAAUUCACUGAAGGAACGGAACACAUGGAGGGCCUCAUACCCCUAGAGCCCUUGCCUCAGUUGCAACACUGGCAAACCACAUUCAAUGAUUUGCAGGCUGGUCCAAUAAAGACAUCUUCAUCAGUACUAGCAAAUAGUUACGAAUGGAAGGAUGAGCUGUUUGGUUGUGACUUCCUGGCGGCUCCUGUGAGUCUGUUCAAACAUGCCCCACUCCAUGAAAUGUGGGAUAACACUUUUGAAGGGAUGAAGGUGGAAGUGAAGAAUACAGAUUGUGAAAAUUGUUCUGAGAAGCACAGUGACUUUUUCUGGGUAGCUACUGUAUUAAAGGUGAAAGGUUACAUGGGAUUGUUGAGAUAUGAAGGAUUUGGCAGUGACGACUCAAAAGACUUUUGGGUUAACCUGUGCUGUUCCCAAGUGCAUCCAGUGGGCUGGUGUGCUACCCGCGGGAAACCUCUCAUUCCACCUCGCACUAUAGAAGAUAAAUAUACAGAUUGGAAAAAGUUUCUAGUAAAACAAUUAACUGGAGCAAGAACUUUGCCAGCCAACUUUUAUACUAAGUUAAAUGAUAGUAUCAUAUCAAGGUUCUCAGUUGGUUCAGUCAUGGAAGUGGUAGAUAAAAAUAGAAUAUCACAAGUUAAGGUAGCAAGUGUGGUUGAAAUAGUUGGUAAAAGAUUACAUGUUAAGUACUAUGAUAGUUCACCUGAAGAUAACGGAUUUUGGUGUCACGAAGAUUCACCACUUAUACAUCCGGUCGGUUGGGCGUUCAGAGUGGGCCAUCCCUUAGACGCUCCUCAAAGCUACUGCCAGAGGGUAGCAGCCGGACGACUUAUGCCCAGCGACAGUACCCAGGAAAUGUUUUAUAAAUAUCCAACGAAUGAACCACCUUUAUUUACCGAGGGAAUGAAGUUGGAAGCCAUAGAUCCUUUAAAUUUGUCAGCCGUUUGUGCUGCUACCGUGAUGCAGAUUUUGAACGAGGGCUACAUGAUGAUCCGAAUUGAUUGUUACCCUGCGGACGCGUCUGGCGCGGAUUGGUUUUGUUACCAUCAAAGAUCUCCGUGUAUUUUCCCCGUGGGUUUCGCCUUAGCCAACAAUAUACCUCUAGUUCCUCCAGCGGGUUGGACGGCCGAGCAGUUCAGUUGGGAGCGGUAUUUGCGCGACGGGGGCGGGGUCGCGGCGCCGCGCACGUUGUUCGGCGCACGCGGGCACGUCGUGUCGCACGGCUUCGUGGCGGGCAUGCGGCUGGAGUGCGCGGACUUGAUGGACCCGCGACUCGUGUGCGUCGCUACUGUCGCCAGGGUUGUCGCUGAUCUUCUCAAGGUCCACUUCGACGGUUGGGGCGGCGAGUACGACCAGUGGCUGUGGGCGCACAGCACCGACGUGUACCCUGUGGGCUGGUGUCGAGCCGUCGGCCACCGGCUAGAGGGGCCGCUGCAGCCCGCGCGCGCGCCCCGACGACCCGCACCGAGACCCAUGAGGCGGAGACGGCGGAACGGCAAUAAAGUAGCAGCCCCUCCGGUUAACACGACCGAGGAGAGUUCCCAGAACUCCGACAUGGGCGACGUGAAGAGUCUGUCCCCGCCGACCAGCGUCUCGGAAGUGUCCCAGCACUCCCAGCAUUCCCAGCCCGAGUCGCAACCCGACGACGUAAAGUUUGAAGUCAAAAUGGAGGUGGACGAACCAGUAGUUAAAAAAGUUGAGAAUGAAAAAGACAUGAAAAUUCCGAUUCCCACCGAAAUACCACCGGAAGUUCCUAGUGAGAUGACAGAAGACAAGCCUGAAUUAAAAAGCGAAGAUGACAAAGUUAUACCUAGGUUAGUGAACACAAGUGUGCCCUUAGAUGUACUAAAUUCAGUGGACCCGGAGAAUUGGACUGAAGCGGAUGUAGCGAAGUUCCUUACAGUGAACGACUGUCAGCCGUACUGUGUUAACUUCGCACACAUCACCGGAUCUGCGAUGCUGCACCUCACUAAAGAUGAAAUAAUCGAGCUCCUAGAGAUGAAAGUCGGCCCCUCGUUGAAGAUAUUCGAUCUAAUACAGCAAUUGAAGUGUAAAAUUAAGCAACCACAGUGCAGAUUGCUAGGCUUUAAAUAGCACAGGUAAUAACCAGUUUAAGUAUGCAGUGAUCGCCGCUCACAGCCAAAUGAUAUAUUUUAUAAGUUACGAAAAAAAUCACAACUAGUAUGAAUAAUAAAUUUGACGAUAAAUUUCAAUGAAAUCAGCACAGAUUUUAACUUAGAGACUGGAGUGGAAACAUGAAAUUUUUAUCUGAAAUGAAUAUAAUGUAUGGUUUCUUUUAUGUAUACUGUCACUUUUUUACCAUUUCUUUGACUGUUGGUUUCCUUGAGAGUUACUAUUUUUAUAGUCAUUAAAUUAAAAUCGUGUUUACAAUGGAAUUGCCUACUAGGAAUUAAUCUACACGUUGCAGCUUUUAGUUUUACGGUAUAAUGUGUUUUUUAUUUAGAAUUAAGUAUGCUUUCACUCACACACAAAUAUUCAAUCAAACAUGACUCUGUAUUCAUUUUUGAUUGAAUAUAUUAAUUCACUAGUCACAUGCAUUGUAAAUGCCUGAAAAAAUGAAAAAUCAUGUUGUCUGUUCAGUCACAAGCAGUAUAUUUUAUUGCGCGCUUCGCUUGGCUCAUCUUGGCGGGGGGCACUCCCGUGCCCCCAGAUGCGCACCAAGCUUACAUAUUUACAUGGCAUUACAAAACGGAUUACAACUCGUUUAAGCCAUAUAAAUAAUACAUAACUAUUUGUGUUGCGCAGUCGGAAAAAUAUCAUGUAUUGCAACCUUGAGACACCAUCUUAUGGUCU